AGACGUCACCGGAAAUGUAUUUUGUUUGUUUACAGAUAAGUUGUUGGCCGGACAAACACUAUGGUUCCCUUGAGCGUGCGUUUUGUGUUUACUGAAACCCUUUAUAUUCCCCUAAUCGCUAUGUUUGCUUUGCAGUCCUAACUGUUCGCAUUGUAGUUUAAAACAUGCCUUUAGGUAAUGACGUAUUUCCAAUGUAGUUCUUGCAGGAAUAGGCUGUAACUUCCGCCAGCUAACGUUAGCUUCAGUUGUCUUGUUCUGCCGGUUUGUCAAACUUGAGUUUUCUACUUCGGCUGAUGGUUGUUGUCAUGGUUGACUAAGAAACUACUGCGUGAUCCGUGUAUUCCUUCACUACAACAUCUCUGGGUGAAGAUGAAGCCCACCCUGCAUCUUCCACUCCUGGUCCUGCUAGCCGUCACAGGACUAUGUCAGGCUGAUGUCAGUUUUGUGGAUUUCAACAACAACAUCAACAGUGUCCUGCCCAGAUUCAGUCGACCGGCGAACCACAGCCGCAUCUUUUAUGGAGUGAUGUUUGAUGCUGGCAGCACAGGCACACGCAUCCAUGUUUACACCUUCAUCCAGAGUAACUCAGAGCUUCCUGUUUUGGACAACGAAAUAUUCCAAUCUUUAAAGCCUGGUUUGUCAGCAUAUGCUGACUCCCCUAAAAUGGCGACGGACGGUAUCAGGAAACUGUUAAAAGUGGCCAAGAAGUCUGUGCCUCGUCUGGAGUGGAAGAAGACUCCUGUAGUCCUCAGAGCCACAGCCGGACUGAGGAUGUUGUCUGCAGAGAAGGCGCAGGCUCUGCUGGACCAGGUUCAGCAUGUGUUUGAUGAGUCUCCCUUUUUGGUCCCAGACAACAGCGUCACAAUAAUGAAUGGCACAAAUGAAGGGAUCCUGGCUUGGAUAUCUGUGAACUUUCUGACAGGUCACCUGAGUGCUGCACAGAACAAGAAGACGGUGGGAAUAUUAGAUCUGGGGGGUGGAUCCACACAGAUCACUUUCCUGCCAAAACUCAAGAAAACAAUUGAAAGUGUCCCCGUCACAGACUACAUCGCCAGAUUUGACAUCUUUAAUUCAACGUUUGAACUGUACACAUACAGUUACCUAGGAAAUGGACUGAUGGCAGCUCGACUGGCCACACUGGGCGCUCUGGGAGCAGAAGGCUUGGAGGACCGUGUUUUUAAAAGUUCCUGCUUGCCUAAAAAGUUCAUGGAAGACUGGAGUUUUGGGGGACUUACCUACCACCUGAGUGGGGAUCCAGGGAGUGACACAGGCUUCAAGCCCUGUUAUCAAGAAGUACUUAAGGUGGUGAAGGGUGUAAUUCAUCAGCCAUAUGAGCUGCAAGACAGCAACCUCUUCUAUGCGUUCUCCUAUUACUUUGACAGAGCGGUGGACGCAGGCCUCAUCGAUGGAGUUCAAGGAGGAAUGCUGGAGGUCAGAGACUUUAAGAAGAAAGCUAAAGAAGUGUGCAGUACUAUGACCAAGAAUCCCUCCGUUAGCCCCUUCCUGUGUAUGGACAUGACCUACAUCAGCUGUCUGCUCAAGGAUGGAUUUGGUUUCAAGGAGAGCACAGUGCUGCAGCUGACCAAGACGGUGAACAACGUGGAGGCCAGCUGGACCCUGGGUGCUGUGUUGGACCACUUCCACAGCCUGAAGAUCCACUGAGUUUCAACUGCUGAUUUUACAGCAAUGUGCAAACGCCCAAAGCCACCAUGAGAUAAGUUGUUUUAGCAACACUAUAAAGUAGUUUUUUUAUUCUCUUCAUUAAAACACAACCAGACAACACAAGAACAGACAUGCAUGCAGUAUCAGAACACUGCUGUUUUAGGUUCAGUUCAGGGACAAAGCAGGAGAUGAAGACAGAAAUCUGUGGACAAGUGAAUGAAGGAAGCACACAACACCUGCCAAAAUGUCGAACGUAACAAGGAGCAGGACUAGGAAUAGUUAGCUGACAUGAACACAGCAAUGUGGACCACUGAUGUUUCCACUUGGGAUCAGUUUUAUAGUUGAGGAAACGUGGGCUGGUUCACUGACAGCAUUAAGAGUGCGAAUGGAAACAGGACGUGGGCCACUGCUUAAAAGCAUUUUUAGAGUUUCUCCUUUUAGAGCCUGUGAAAAGUCUCAGCGUCUGGCAGCUCUAUCAGGAUAAAGACGAGUCCUACACUCAGAAGAAGCCUGAUCAAGAAAGGUGUUAGUGAUUAAAAGCAAAAAAAAAAGAAAAAAAGAAAUUGACCUGUUUUUUUUAAAAGGCCAAGGCUAAA